CUCAUCUCUAGAGAGAGAAACAAAGCGCUUUUUCACAAAGGGGGAAGAGAGAGAAUUCCAAAUCCAAAAUCCAAUUUCCACUUUUUUUAAAAAAUUAAAUAAAACAGAGGCGGAUCGGAGCGAGUCGCCACCCGAGUCAGAAGCGGAGAUCUGGUCAUGGAGGGAGUUGGGGCCCGACUCGGACGGUCCUCGACCCGGUACGGACCGGCGACAGUGUUCACCGGACCAGUGAGGAAGUGGAAGAAGAAGUGGGUCCACGUAUCUCCUUCUGCCUCUGCCUCUGCCGCUUCCUCUAAUUCCAACACCAAUCACAAUCACUCUGCUUCUAACGGUAAUAACGGUUCUCAUCUUCUUCUUUACAAGUGGACCCCUAUCACCCAGAGCCAGAACGCCGCCAACGCCAACAACACCAAGGAGGCGCCGCCGGAACCUGCCGACGAACCGCCCCGGAGGAAAUUCAAAUAUAUUCCGGUUGCUGUACUAGAAGAGCAGAGAAAUGAGGCUGCAGAAAACGAGGCUGCUGAAAAGGUUGAAGAUGAAUCUAAACCGAUAGAUGUUGAUUCAAGUGCAGCAGAACCGACUCAGAAGAAUGAGACUUUGGAUGAAAAACCUGACAUAAAUGAUGUGCCGAUGGAAGAAAGUGAGUCUCAGGACAAAAAUCAAGUAGUACGUCAAGAUCUGAAUGAAAGCACAUUGGAUUUAAGUUUGGGCUUGACAUCACAUGAUGAUGAUGAUGAAAAUAAUUCUGAUUCAAAAACUACUCAAACAAGAGAUGACCAAUAAUGCAAGGUGAAUUUAAGUGGUGCUGAAAGUGAAAGGGGGCCUCUCCACAUGAAUGUUUCAGUUUAUAUACCUGUCUGAUGGAAGGGAAUUUCCACUUGCCUUUAUGUUCACCCACUUGUUGAGUUGGAUUGUUGUAAUGGCAUAUGCCUGUAGUAUUUUUUUUUUUUUUUCAGUAUCCUUGGUGGGCGCAUAGGACUAUGUAUUUGCUGGAACAUCAUUUGGUACACCUUUCCCAUCAGUCGACAUGUAUUUUUUCAGAUAUUUUUGAAAUAGGUCAUUCUGGAUUUAGAAGCUACAACCAUGUGUAGCUAAAAUGUAUUUUUUUUUCAAUUCAAAUAACAUUGUGUUAUUGAUGCUCUCA